AAGAGCGGUGCCGCCGCAUUUGGCGUCUGACAGUCAGUGGACGAGCAUGGCCGCUGAAGUGGCCACCGACGACGUGUGGAUCCAGCAGGAGGACCUCCAGCAGGUCGCCACCUCCAACAACAACCUCACCAACCCUGGCAAGGUGUUCUCCAGGAAGCCGCUCAAGAAGCCGCCGCUGCUCGAGUUCGAGGACCUGCGCUACACCGUCCCCCUCGGACUCAAUAGGGGGUCAAAGCAGAUAUUAAAAAAUGUGUCUGGCAGUUUCCUCCCCGGCUCCUUGGUGGCCAUUAUGGGUCCUUCGGGGGCUGGAAAAUCUUCUUUGUUGGACAUUCUAACAGGCUACAAAGUAACAGGGGUGAAAGGAUCAAUUUUGUCCGACCGGCAACCCCGCGUUUUGGCAGCGUUCCGCCGCAUCUCUUGCUACAUCCAACAGGAUGACCGUCUGCAGCCCCUUCUCACCAUCCAGGAAAGCAUGACCCUUGCUGCCAACCUCAAACUCAGCACAGAAGUGUCGCCAAAGGAAAAGCAGCGGACGGUAAACCAAGAACUGAUAAUGGAGAUCUUGGAAACUUUGGGCCUUGAGAACCAUUUACACACCAGGGCCUCGAUGCUCUCAGGCGGCCAAAGAAAGCGCCUCAGCAUCGCCCUGGAGCUAAUCAACAACCCUCUCAUCAUGUUCCUUGACGAACCCACCACGGGUUUGGACAGCUCUUCUUGCACACAAUGCAUGCAGUUGUUGCGCUCGCUGGCGCAACAGGGUCGCACCAUUGUGUGCACCAUUCACCAGCCAAGUGCCAGCCUCUUUGCUCUCUUCUCACAUGUCUACGUCCUUGCCGAGGGCAGGUGCAUCUACCAGGGCGCCAACGAGAAACUCGUGCCAUUCCUUGACAACAUCGGACUGCCUUGUCCACCAUACAACAACCCUGCUGAUUAUGUGAUUGAAUUGGCCUGCGGUGAUUCCGAGAGCGCAAGUAACCUUGAAGUUGUGAACAAGAUGGUGUUGGGCACUGAAAACGGCAGGAACAUCACUUGGUUUAAAAACCCCGACCCCCUGAUGGUUUCCAUCAGCAGAAGCAAUCUUUUUGCCACAAAAUCGAGUGACGAUGACGACGUCCCGACUGGUUUUUGCAAUAGACUUUUGGCCUUUUGCGGCGCAGGAAAGAAAAUAGACCACGCCGUCCAAGAGACCUCGCAGUGGAACCAGAUCAAGGUUCUGCUCACAAGAGGAUACAUCAAAACAAAAAGAGAUGGCACUCUGACGUACAUGAGGCUGUUUGUGAAUAUUAUUGUUGGUGUGAUGCUGGGCUGCUUGUUUUGGAGCUCGGGAAACCAGGGCAGCCGAGUCAUGGAGAACUACAAAUUGCUUUUCUCCAUUUUGAUCCAUCUCAUGAUGACCACUAUGAUGCUCACUAUUCUAACAUUCCCUAUGGAAAUGUCGAUCCUGCUGAAGGAACACUUUAACAGGUGGUACUCUUUGAAAUCCUACUUCAUAGCAACCAUGAUAGUAGAACUGCCAAUUGUGACUCUCGGCUGUAUUUUCUUCACUGUGAUCAUAUAUGUGAUGAGUGCGCAGCCAAUGGAGUGGUACAGGUUCCUCAUGUUUUUGCUCAUCUCUUUGCUCGUCACCUACGUAGCUCAGAGCAUUGGUCUUCUCAUUGGCGCCCUUUUCAGCGUCACGAAUGGCACUUUUAUUGGCCCAGUAAUAUCAGUGCCAUUGAUGAUGUUUGCCGGUUUCGGAGUUACCCUGAGAGACAUUCCUAAAUACAUGGUCCCUGGCACCUACCUGAGCUACCUGCGUUACGGUCUAGAGGGUAUGGUGCUCACUAUUUACGGCGGGGGCCGAGAAACACUGGACUGCAACGCAAGGUACUGCCAUUACCGCUACCCGAACAAGCUGUUGAUGGAAGUUGCGAUGGACGAGAGCGAGAUGUACAUCGACAUCAUCGGCCUCGUCCUAAAUGUCAUUUUGCUCAGGGUGAUCGCCUUCUUCUGUCUCAGGUGGAAGAUCAAGUCAGAGAGAUAAAAAGUUUAGGGUGUUUUAUUUAAAAUAACGAAAAAACUUUGGUCGUUUUUUUGGGUUUUAUAUAGUUUAAAAAUUCUCAAAAUUAUUGUGUCGAUCAAAAUGUGAUUGUUAGGAAAUAUUUAUUCGGGAGUAACGUCCCAUUUUACUUUUCAUAUUUUUCAAAAUGGAGUGAAUGAAACAUUGUGUGGCUAGUCAGUAUUGCACAUCACAGUAAUCACCAUUGUGAUAAUUUAUUAAUGGCCCUUAUUUUGUAUACAACUGCCUAGAACUUAUUUUUAAAUUUAAUUGACUAUGUAAAUUAGUUAAUUAAGCAAGUGCAGUGCUGAUUUUAUGAGAGGAGAUAUUUUUGCAUGAAAAAUAUAUCAAAAAAGGAUAAAAGUAUAGUUAUGCAUUCCAAUUUGUGAUGUGGCAUGUUGUGCCAAUAAUUAUAUUACACAUUAUUUGUAUGUAUUUCAAUUUGCGAUAUAUUCUGUUAUUUUAUAUCACAAAUAUUACAAUCAAAGCUGAUUAUGUUGAUUAUAGAUUAAAUAAAAAGAAUUAUUUAAAAA